AUGUAUCAUGAUCUCAAGGAUAUUUAUUGGUUGAAUGACAUGGAAAAUAACGUUGCAGACUUGGUGGACAAGUGUCCGAAUUGGCAGUUGCCGAUUGGUUUGUUGGAAGUCGGCAAACCAGAAUUGUUAGGACCAGACUUAAUCCACCAGGCUGUGGAAAAAUUCAAAUUGAUUCAGGAGCGGUUGAAGACGGCUCAAAGUCGCCAAAAGUCCUAUUCAGACGUGUACCGUAGAGACUUGGAGUUUCAAAUUAAUGAUGGGGUGUUUUCUAAAGUUUUGUCCAUGAAAGGAAUUAUGAGAUUUAGGAAAAAAAGGAAGUUCAGUCCCCAUUAUAUUGGGUCGUAUAAGAUCCUACAAAGGAUCGGGCAAGUAGCUUAUGAGUUAGAGUUGCCACAAGAAUUGGCUAUUGUAUUACACCCAGUAUUUCACGUGUUUAGGGUAAAGAAGUUCAUGGGGUACUCGUCUCUGGUUAUUCCUACAGAGAUCAUGGGAGUGAAAUAUAGCCUGUCUUACGAAGAGAUUCUAGUAGCUAUCCUUGAUCGUCAGGUUCGCGUGUUUCGAACUAAGGAGAUCGCUUCAGUAAAAGUACUAUGGAGAAAUCAGAAAGUUGAAAAGGCUACGUGGGAAGCUGAAGAGGACAUGAAGUCUAAGUAUCUCCAUCUCUUUGAAUAG